GUCUACAUGCUGUAGCACCGCCAUAUUGGUCGAGCCAUUCCUUUUACAGAAAGGAACGACAUAAAAGGCAAAAGCUUGUUCGAUCGUGUGGCUGGUCUCCAUAAAAGGCGAUCCUACUAUCACCAGGAUGCAAACAGAGCCGGCAUCGACCUCUGAUGCACUAGAAAACAUGCAGUAUUCGACACCGUCACAGGUUGUUUUAGAGGGAGCUGGGAUUUCAGAGCAGAGUGAGUCAUUUCUCUCUAGUGAAAUGGCCGGGGAUUCCAUGAAACGACCUCUCGAGAGCGACGAAGACGAUGAUGAUGGUGCUAGCCCUGUAUCGGACCAAAAACCCAAGAAAAAAACUCGGGGAAGAGUAAAAAUUGAAAUGAAGUUUAUCUCCAAUAAACUCAGACGGUAUACAACAUUCAGCAAAAGAAAGACGGGGAUUAUGAAGAAGGCAUAUGAGCUUAGCACACUCACGGGGACACAAGUGAUGUUGCUUGUAGCCUCUGAAACAGGCCAUGUGUACACAUUUGCAACUCGCAAACUACAACCCAUGAUCACGUCUGAAAGUGGCAAAGCACUGAUCCAAACUUGUCUCAACUCUCCCGAUCCUCCAGUCUCGCAGAUUCCAAACCCUGAUCAGAGAAUGUCGGCAACUGGUUACGAAGAAACUGAUCUCACCUAUACCGUCAGUGAAAACGAAACGGAUAAAGACAGGGGAGGAAUGUUUACAGCCCAGCAAAUUGAGACCGGACAACAGAUUGGAGGCAUCAACAAUGCUACCAUGACAGGGAUUACCGCUAUGUCUGCCUCAGGCCACACUUUCCCCAUAACAACCUACAUACCACACCAGGGCAAUAGUAAACCCGGACAGCAGUCCUCAUAUUCCGUUCAAGCCAUGCCAGGGGGCGGGGCAUUUACGACGAUAUUCACACCAGGUUCUAACCUGGGUGGGACACCUAUACAGUUGGCACAGAACCUGUCAGGGCAGCACGGUGUGCAGAUGUUGGCUCAACUCCAAAGAGGUCAAACACAAACCACCACAAGCCAGACAAAUGUUGGGACCACAGGUCAGCCUUCCACAGUACAAGUCCAGAUUGGUACAGAUGGACAAAUGCACACCCAGGAAUCUGUAGAGCAUUCAUCAACCUCACAGGCGACUACUAUGCAGUCUCUUGGAGCUCUUAUGGUACCAAUUGCCACUCAUCAGGGGGAAGGUCACGUUGUUUCACUGGCCAACGUGGUGCCAUCAUCUAUGAUGCUGACUACACAAUCUGGCCAGAUUCCAGUCAUGUACUACACAGGACCUGUAUCAAACAUUAACGACAAUGAACACCAAGGAACUCAACAUGAUAGUGGUGAGGUGUCGCAGCAGGCCAUACAGAGUGGCUUGUCACUGUCAACUGUUCAUGUUCAGCACGACAUGGCUCAAGGGUAUCAUAGUGUGGUUACUGAAGCUAGCGGUAGUCAGGCGGCUGAUGAGGUUCAUAAUAUAGUGAGUGAGGCCUCCAUAGGGUCCACUAAUGGAGGCUCCCCCAUGAAGGGCGAUGUUCCGGAUGCGGAUAAUCACACUGAAGUGUAACCUUUUAUGAUGGACAUGUUUACUAUCAAGUAUGCAUUAAUAAAUUUGGUUUUUAGCAAUAUGUGGAAUUCACUUUUCCUACUUGUACGAACACUUCUUGGACCCUCAAAACUUUCCUCAUUAUCGAGGUAAGGUUAAAAAACAGUCCGAUAAAAUGGGAGGGUUCAUUUAUUAGGAACUUGUAAGGUGACCUUAGAGUGGUGUUCAACUGUGCCUAAAAGUAUUUCCCAUAGCAAGGUACCCUGCCAGCAGAGCUUCGUACCUUUUUGUUUCUAGUAGUUCACUUAUCGCUGUUGCUUCUUUUGUGUGAAAGAAUAGACUACAUGGAUAAGUAAACUGCUAGAAACAACAUGAGAAACAUUUUACUUGCAGGGUAAUAGUUAGGGGGCUCAGAUAAGUAUUCAAGGAGUUUAUUUGUCCACUCAAUUGACAGUUAAGAGGUGAGCCAGUUGCAGACACUAAGAAUAAUUUGUUUCAGGUUGUACGGACCCACUGAAAACAGUUUACCCUGCACAUAGUGCAAGCUAAUCAGAGUAGAACACAACUGCCUUUGACUUAAAAGUCAAAUUCUGGUUUGUUUGUUAUUGACAUUUUGGGUAGACUGCUCAAAGUACCAAUUCUGGUGCAUAUCUGUAAUAACAAGAGAAUGUCAAGUGGCUUUUUUGACAGUUGUUAUGGGCAUUGAUAUCUCUGGUAGACCAGCGCCAAAUACAGGAUUGCAAGCAGUGUACCUUUAGCGAAGAUACAGUAAUUGCAUGAAUAUACUAGGGUUUCCAAAGCCUUCAACUCACACAGUGAAAAUGUUAGCACAGCACUAAUAAAUAGUUAGCUCAUGGUAAAACACUGUAUAAUUUGUAAAUAAAACCACCAAGUGAUAUUUAAACAGGUUAAAAAAUAAAUGGUUACAGAACUAAACACUUUUACUAAAAUAAAAUAUUUGUACACAA